UGUUGGAUUUAUCAUCAUGGACAUGUUCUUACAAAGUCUCCGAAAAGACACUGAAGUUCCAGGCCGCGCUUCAAAUCUUCUGAAAGGGUCAGGGUCGCAGGGAAGCCCCGCCUGGAACGGCACGAGUGUUAGCUUCCCGUCAAAGCAAACCGCACACACAUCCCCUCCACUCCCAUCCCGUCCGCGCCCCCGAGGACGAACCGCGCUCCUCGGCACCCCGCCCGGCUGCGCGCUGUGUGUGUGAUGAGGGACAGCGGGGAGGGGGAGUGAGGGAGUGAGGGAGAGAGAGAGGGAGAGAGAGAGAGAGAGAGAGAGAGAGAGAGAGAGAGAGAGUGUAUGUACUAUAUGUGUGUGCAGUUCGAGCGUGUCGAGGCGAUAGAGGGGAGAGAGCGGAGCAGCGCGGACAGGAGCGGCGGAGCGCAGCACCGAGGACAGUUUCCCCUCCCAUCAUCUGAUACCAUGCCCACUGCUUCGAGUGCGGACCGGCACUAGAUCGGAUCAGGAGGUUCACACAACCCCGCGAGUUUGGCUCGGCCUGUCAGUGAGUAGGAGCUCCAUGUGGAGUGAGAGUUGGAAAAGGAGCAUCUGACUCACCAGCGGUGAACUAGUCGCACCCCCCGUCAGCUGUACCAACGCCUCCCCCUUCCCACCUCCCUCUUCCUCAGUCUAAACCCAUCACCCUCCCCCCCGCGUGUCGCCAUGUCUCUCUUCAAAUCCACCGCCUCCAUCCUCCUCCUCCUCCUCCUCUUCCUCCAUCAGCUGCCUCCUUGUCAGCCAGAGUCCCAGCGCAGUGAGCCCAGCACCGACCCCAACCUGAGAGGGGUCUCGCCCUCUAUGUUCCCCUCCUCCCCCCCGUCCUCCAUGCCCGUUGGCAAUAGCACUCCGUUGAGCAGAAAGGAGAAGUGUGAGGAGGCGACGGUGUGCAGGCCCGGCAUCCUGCUGCCCGUCUGGCAGCCCAACCGCCCGGGGAUCGGUGACCAGGUUGCCAGAGCUGUGGUCUACUUUGUGUCGCUCAUGUACAUGUUCCUGGGAGUGUCCAUCAUCGCCGACCGCUUCAUGGCAUCUAUCGAGGUCAUCACGUCGCAGGAGAAGGAGGUGACCAUAACGAUGCCCAACGGAGAAACAUCCGUGGCGACCGUUCGGAUCUGGAAUGAAACUGUGUCCAAUCUGACGCUCAUGGCUCUGGGCUCCAGCGCUCCGGAGAUACUGCUGUCUGUUAUCGAGGUGUGCGGUCACAACUUCGAGGCUGGUGAGUUGGGUCCGGGAACCAUCGUCGGCAGCGCCGCCUUCAACAUGUUUGUGAUCAUCGGCCUGUGCGUGUGGGUGAUCCCCAAGGACGAGACCCGCAAGAUCAAACACCUCCGGGUGUUCUUCAUCACCGCCUUCUGGAGCAUCUUCGCCUACAUCUGGCUCUACCUCAUCCUGUCCGUCAUGUCGCCGGGCGUCGUGGAGGUGUGGGAGGCCCUGGUGACCCUGCUCUACUUCCCAGUGUGUGUCCUCCUGGCUUGGAUUGCUGACCGCCGCCUGCUCUUCUACAAGUACAUGGGCAAGCGUUACCACAAGCGCCACGGCAUCGUCGUGGAGACCGAGGGAGACGUGACACCCAACAAGGGCGGCAUGGAGAUGAUCACAGACGGCAAGUUCCCGCCGCGAGGGGGCGCCGUGGUCCCCGCCGAAAACUGCGGGGGGACGGCGGACGGCGCGGCGGGCAACAGCGUCGGUGCAGCAGCGGGGGCCAUGGCAACGGGAGCUGGAGGCAACCUGCCCAACUCCAACAGCAUGAUGGUCAAUGUGGAGAGCAACAAGGAGCUCGACGAGAGCCGCAAAGAGGUGAUUCGCAUCCUGAAGGAACUGAAGCAGAAGUAUCCCGACAAAGAGCUGGACCAGCUGGUGGAGCUGGCCAACUACUACGCAAUGCUGCAUCAACAGAAGAGCAGAGCCUUCUACCGCAUACAGGCCACCCGUAUGAUGAUUGGAGCCGGUAACGUCCUCAAGAAGCACGCGGCCGACAACGCCCGCCGCACGGCCAUAGUUGACGAGGAGGCCCCGGUAGAUGACGACCUGGGGAUUUGCAGCCGCAUCUCUUUCGAAAGCGCCCACAGUCAGUGCAUGGAGAACUGUGGCAUUCUGACACUGGGCGUGGUCUGCCAAGGUGGUCUGGGAGAGAACACCUUCUAUGUGGACUACAGGACAGAAGACGGUUCGGCCAACGCCGGGUCCGAUUACGAGUACAACGAAGGAACGCUGGUGUUCAAACCAGGGGAGACUCGUAAAGAGAUUAAGGUCGGCAUAAUCGACGACGACAUAUUCGAAGAGGAUGAGCACUUCUUUGUGCGCCUGCUGAAUCUGCGCGUUGGCGACGCCGAAGGGAUGUUCGAGAGCGACGACGCGGGUGCCGCCCCCAAAGCUCGUCUGGUUGAGCCCCUGGUGGCCACGGUGACCAUCUUGGACGACGACCACGCCGGCAUCUUCACGUUCAGCGAGCGCACGAUGCGCGUGAGCGAGAGUGUGGGCACCAUGGAGGUGACGGUGGCCCGCAACUCGGGCGCCCGCGGCACCGUCAUCCUGCCGUACCACACAGAGUCGGGCACCGCCAAGGAUGGAGAGGACUACGAGGAAGCCAGAGGGGAGCUGGAGUUCAUCAACGACCAGACCACUCAGACACUCCACGUGAGGAUAAUUGACGAUGAAGAAUAUGAAAAACAUGAAAACUUCUUCAUUGUGUUGGAGGAACCGCGCUGGCUAAAGAGAGGAAUCUCAGCUCUGCUGCUCAACCAAGAGGGGGCGGAGGGGCAGAUGAGCACUGAGGAAGAGGAGGCCCGCAGGAUAGCUGAGAUGGGGAAGCCCAUCCUGGGAGAGCACAGCCGCCUGGAGGUGGUCAUCGAGGAGUCGUACGAGUUCAAGAGCACCGUUGACAAGCUCAUUAAGAAGACCAACUUGGCGCUGGUGAUCGGCACACACUCUUGGAGGGAGCAGUUUGUGGAGGCUGUCACUGUCAGCGCAGGUGACGGUGAUGACGACGAGGAAGGUCGCCUUCCAUCUUGUUACGACUAUGUCAUGCAUUUCCUCACGGUCUUCUGGAAGGUCCUGUUCGCCUGCGUCCCGCCCACUGAGUACUGGAACGGCUGGGCCUGUUUCUUGGUCUCCAUCAGUGCCAUUGGCCUCCUCACCGCCGUUAUUGGAGAUUUGGCGUCACACUUCGGCUGCACCGUGGGGCUGCGGGACACUGUGACCGCUGUGGUGUUUGUGGCUUUGGGAACUUCUAUUCCAGACACGUUUGCUAGCAAAGUGGCCGCCAUGCAGGACCAGCACGCCGACGCGUCCGUAGGAAACGUCACCGGUAGCAACGCUGUCAACGUGUUCUUGGGGAUCGGCGUGGCCUGGUCGGUGGCCGCCGUCUACUGGAAGAUCCAGGGCAAGGAGUUCAAGGUGGAUCCAGGCUCGCUGGCUUUCUCAGUCACACUCUUCACCAUCUUCGCUUUCAUCGCCGUGGGCGUGCUCAUGUUCAGACGCCGGCCCUCCAUCGGCGGGGAGUUUGGCGGCCCAAGGGUGCCCCGCAUCCUGACCUCCCUACUGUUCCUGGGCCUGUGGUUCCUCUACAUCCUUUUCUCCAGCCUGGAGGCCUACUGCCACUUCAGCAGCUUCUAAAAAAGGAGCUGGUGACAGUUCUGGAAGAGUAUUGCACAACAACACACAUACACAUACGUUAACACUCAAUCCAUACGGUUCAACAUGAAACAAGUGUAAGAUUCAUUUGUUUGAUAGGGCUCACUGCAGCCCGGAGGUGUCAUGGUCUUUGAUGCAGGGAUACUAAUACUAAUAAUACUUCAGCUACACGUACGCACACACACACACUUAAUAUGUACACAUGUAAGUUACAGUCAUGAUAAAGGGCGAGAGCAAGUGUUUGUGGAGAGGCUGAGAAGGGUGAAGACGAGGAGCUACAUGCAGCAAAGUUAGCAGAGAAGAUGGAGAGACAAAGAGGUUUUAGAGGACAGAAGAAAAAAGACAUCGAUGUCACCAACUUUACAGGUACAGCUCCACAUUUCUUCACCGAGGAUGUGGAGCACUGUGUGAAAGCAGGAGUGGAAUGUUUACAGCAACGAUAACAUUACGUUUGUUUACUUAAGGAGAUCUGAUACAGUGAUGAUGCUCAUCUCAUAGUAUCGAUGAAGGGCGGUUCUCCACACGCGCUGUAAAUAGUAAAAGCCAGUGUACAUAUAGAGAAUCGUGUUUUUCAUUAGGCCGAUAUUCAUGCCUACCGCGGAAAAAGUUAAGAGCGGGUCGAGAAAAAAAAUAUCCCAGAGAAUGAGAAGCUGCUUUUCUGUAGAAUGAGUCAAAUGACAGGUUCCUGCUUCUUCUUCUGUCAGAUAAGCUUCAAUCUUGUUGUUUGUUGUUUUUUUAAUUUACGCACAGACUGAAUCGUUACAGAUCCCGAGCCUUAGAAAGGUGAACAGGACAGGAUGAAAAACAGAGACGUCGGUCGAUCGACGAAUGAUAAACUGGUGACGUUUUAUUAAAGAGCAAUACUUCAGUCGGAUGCGUCUCUUAUGCCGUAUGGUUCCGUCGCUGAUGGAGAUUUGUGUAUCAAACUGAACGAUUAUAAUUUUGCAUGUGUAGCCAGAUACGGAGCAUCUUCACAUAAUAAGUCACACAUAUAUAUAUAUAUAUAUAUAUAUAUAUAUAUAUACUUUACUAUGUUGAAAGGAAUGAACGGAGGUCACUGAGCAGCAGUCAGUCAUCACUGUGUCGCGGCGCUGGAGACUAAUCCAUUGAUGUGGCAUGUAUCGUGACAGACUAAUCCUCUCGUCAGUCUCAGCAGCAUUUCAGACACACAUGCAUGGACGGUCGAACAAGACUCAACAGUGUUAGUUUACUUAAAAGAGUGAAGCCUCUAAAACCAUGUAGAUCACAAUUAAGUACCUUCAUGAACUGACAAAAUGGAUUCCAAUCGUGGAGAUUCACCCUGCAGCACAUUGAUCAGGACGCAGGGCCCUAGUGUACACAUUAGUUAGGAUGCGGGAAAAUAGUUUACAGCACGCUGUCGCUUCGAGAUGGCACCCAGACAAUGCCUUAAGGAAAACCCUCAAGUGAAAAAUCUAGUAUUCAAGCUUUCAGCUGUACAAACUGUCCGGGCUGCACUUUGUUCGACGUUACUACGACAUACUGUGUUGUGUUUCUCUUUGGUCUUUAGUUGACAAACUGUCAGUGUGCAAUAUAUACGACUGGAGGAAAACUAUGAACUGUCCGAAGUUUCCACUGGUUCUGCUGAUCAGCGCGACACUGGACAUCUCUCGUCCCGGCAAGGGUUUUUGUUGUAAUGUGUCCCUGCCCAUCCAGCCGUGCUCAGAGCACGAUAUACUGUGUGUGUUAGUAGCAGAUAUGCUAAAAAAAAAACCUAAAAAAAACGUUCCAUUCUCUUGCAAGGUCUACACAUUGUUUGAAAGGACUAAGUGAAGUCUAUAAUCUAAUGUCCUCUACUUUGUUUAUAGCCUGUAGGUUAACAGCUGACAGGUCUGACACCGUCUAAUCUGAAACAGUGUAGGUUUAAAUCAAAAGACAGUAGCUGUAGUUGAAACAUAGCCCUUCGAGGAAUGUAUGUGUUGCUCAGUAUUGCAUGGCACGGUUGGAACAAACAGUAAAAUCUACAUGGCUACUGGAACUACUGGCUGCUUAAUAGACAGUAAACCGGAGAAAAACACCGAACGGCAUACGCAGACAUCGUCUGAUCCGCUGUGACAUUUACACGCUGACAUUUCAGCUUUAUUGCUGUCAGCGCUGAAAGGUCAGUGCAUGAAAAAAUGUCUCAAAAACCAUUGUGAGCAUUGCAAUGUGUGACAUCAAACAACUAUUGGUUUUGACGAGAAGCAACGAGACCCCGGGAUCCUUUUGCACACGAGGAGGAUUUAGCAUGUUGACACGUCAACAUUAAAAUUGCUGUAAUAUUCACUGCCUAACAUCAGCCACAUUAAUAUAGUUCUGUGGGAACAUUUUACCUCUGCGCUGCAGGUGCAUUUCAAACAUUUCACACCGCAAAUGAUAAGUGCUAUACAAGUGGAAACUUUUAUUAUACAUAAUAAUAUCAGAAAGAUUUGAUUCAGUUAGCUUCAACUAACCUUACCUUGUAGACUUUCUAAAGCCAGUUUUGUAUCUUUUCCUUACAGAUGUAGCCGAGUUAGACUUUUUUGUACUUCUAAACAAUGUUUAGAGUAGUAUCAAUAUGUCGAGUUGGUAGUUACACUUACAUCGUGACGGAAUUUAGUGGAUUCGAUUUUGAUAUAUUUUCCACAGAGGAAACUCCCCUUUGAACUGCUCAAACAAUGUAGUGUAUCAUAACCAAGCAUAAUCUCAUCUCCUAUAGUCAACUACUUUGUCUGCGGACUUGUUUGUGUCUCUGUCACUAAUGUAUAUUUCUUCUCAUGAGACAAUUUAGAUAUUUAUUUAUUUAUUUAUUUACAAGAAGAAUAUUUAUCUAUUGAUAAGCUGUGCCGCAGGUCCUUGAGGUGAAACAGUUUUUAGGGGUUUAGUUCAAGGACUGUGGUUUAACGUGCAAUACAGGCAACAAAAAAAAAAAAAAGUUUAAGUACAUCUUAUUUCGUUAUUGACUUUGACGAGAAGUCAGUUCACACGUUUUUUGUUUUUUUUCUGCUGCAGUGUUUGUUGUUUCCCUCCGUCGACGUACAUUUCUUCAUCCAGGUCUCCUGAAGGAGGAGGUCUUAUUGUAAGUAGCAUGUUUACAUGAAGAAACAGUGCAGAACAUUGCCAGUAUGAUUGUAAGUCUCGGGUUGACAUGAGCUAAAUGGGGACAUUUGGUCGAUACUAACAGUGGCUGUGAGGCAGGUCAGUGGUGUGUGAGGUGGUAACAGGAGCUGUAAGUGAAGUCGACUCACUGAACCACCAGGUGGAACCAAGAUAACACAACACACGCAAACACACACACACACACACACACACACACACACACACACACACACACAUACACAGGUCUGCCGAACUCUUCUGUGAUCAGCACCAGAUGGAACAGACCAGUCCAGCUCUGAUCCUGCGCCCAGCUUCAUCUCAGCAGAUGUGACCCAGAUGUGGCUCAGCACCCAAACACAGAACUGAACUACAACGUCCAGACAAUGUUCCUUGUUUCCAUGAACUUCUGUACUAACCUGUCCGGCUUCGGCCUUUGCUGUCCUGUAGCUAGAUGUGAUGCCUCCCACCCCCUCCGAUCCAGACUCUCCCCCUCGCCCCUCCCUGCCCAGUGUGCGUCUGUGUUUUCUUCCCCUCCGUGUUCCCCUGCAGAUUGCAUGAUGUAUGUGUGUUAGCAGCAUGGUCUACUGUGAUGGACACCUAUAGGCAUAAUCUAUCAGGUCGAUUCCCCACAAUCCCAAACACCGGAGGCGCUUUGUGAAAUAGAAUGAUCAAGUGGCACACGCAGACACAACCACAACAGUACAGAUACACUGAAUGGAAACACACACAGAGUUAGCAUUUAUGGAUUCUGUGUCUACUGCGAAUUUGUUUCGUUCCCUUUCGAGGCUGUGAAAAGAGAGUCCGCUCUGUUGUGCCCAGGCUGCGUCUGCAACGAGCAACAUCCCGGGUCAUCUUUUUCGUUUGUUGGUGUUACAAUGUUUCUGUGUCCGUGUUAGUGUCCCCCUCCUUCCCUCUCCCCCAGGUCUUGCUCUUCAAUGUGUCUCUGUGAGGUCUUUUCCUGUGAUGAUGAAAAUUUCUCUCUGCCUGAACCUUUGUAUAGGAAAUAAUGACUGAGUUACUACAAUAUCAUGUGAUAGACAUAUACAUUUAUUCGAUGCUGUAAUAAAUUAUUAACUGAAGAUGAUAUAAAAGGGUUUUUUUUUAUGAAAUGCAGAAAAGAAAAAUUCUUACAUAAGUGACACCUUGUUUUUCGAGAACAUGGCAUGAGUUGUAAUGUGUUACUGAAAGAAAAUGAAGGUCUUUAAUCAAGUGAAGUUGACCGUAUUGAAUAUAGUUUAUUUAUUUUCAAGGCG